AUGGCCCAAGGGCAGAAGCGGCCGGCACCAGGCGAUGGCCAUGAUGGCGAUGGCCCUCUGCUGGCUGGUGUGGACUUGGGCGGCACGACCAUCGCCACCGGCCUGAUCUCUGCUGACGGGCGGCUCCUCGCAAAGCAGAUGGAGGCCGUCGGGGAGGACCACCGACCCGAAAGCCUUGCCCAACGCAUCCGCGGCCUCCUCGAGGAGGCCCUGCGCCAAACCGGCCGGGCUUGGUGCGACGUGCAGGGCCUGGGCGUUUGCACCCCGGGCCUGCUGGACCUUGAGGCGGGGGCCGUGACGGCCGCCAACCUCAAGGGGUGGACAAAGGUGCCACUGGUAAAGCUGCUGGCCGAGGAGCUUGGCUGGGAGACGUCCCGGGUGACCCUGGAGCACGACACCAAUGCAGCAUUGUUGGCGGAGGCGUGGGUGGGGAGAGCGGUCGGCCUGCACGAUAUUGUGCUGCUCUCGCUGGGCACGGGCAUCGGUGCCGCGAUCAUGUGCGAUGGUCGACUUCUUCGAGGCAGCCGCGGCCAAGCAGGCGAAGUGGGCCAUGCCAUCCUGAUCCCCGACGGCCGCGAGUUUGGCCGAGCUGGCGUGGCAGGAAUCUUCGAAGGCUACGCAAGCGCCAGCGCCGUGGUGGCGCGCGCGAAGGAAGGGAUGGUUCCCAGCUCCUCCUUGAGCAAGCUGGAGGCCUUGGACUGCGAAGCAGUUUUCCAGCACGCGGAGCAGGGCGACGCCUACGCUCAGGAGCUCGUGAGGGAAACCGCGAGGUACCUGGCGAUCGGCUGCAUCAACUGCUGCCGCUUUGUGGACCCCGCGGUUAUCUUGUUCUCUGGCGGCAUGGCCGAGGCCGGGCCAGCACAAAACGCCUCACCACACGCAGUCCCCCUUGCAGUACUCCUUUGGAGGCACGCUCGCCACCGAAUACCUCGUUUUUUUCCUGGUCCCGUUUAG